GAUGACGGCACCACUGCGGGGUAUCAGCAGUACGGAUAUGAUGGGAGAGAAUUCAUGUCUCUGGACACACAGGGAUGGAACUGGAUCCCGACCAUGAAUGAGGCUCAGAUCUCCACACAGAGAUGGAACAGUCCGGAGGUCAGAGAGGGGGAGAUUAGGAAGAAUUAUCUGGAGAAUGAAUGUAUAAAGUUCCUGAAGAAACACAUCAACAAUGGGAGAGAAGAUCUAGAGAAGAGAGUGCGCCCAGAGGUGAAGGUGUGGGGCCGUCGUCAGUCGGAUGAUGUGACCAGACUUCAGUGCCUGGUGUACGGGUUUCACCCCCGACCUGUGGAUGUGAAGUGGGUGAGGAAUGGGGAGGACCAUGUUCCUUCAGAUGAAAUGACUCCAAUUCUCCCCCAUCCUGAUGGCACCUAUCAGAUCAGAGUCAGUGUGGAAGUCCCAACCAAGGAGGGAGACACUUACUUCUGUCAUGUGGACCACAGCAGUCUGGGGGAUGAGACUCUCAGUGUGAUAUGGGGUGAGUAAGUAGGACUUCUGCUAUCUGUCCAUACACCACGGGGUUUUUUACUAAAAUCUGGUGCAGCUCUGUAUAGAAACCAAUCAGCUUCCAGGUUUUAUUGUCAAAGCUUCAUUGAACAAGCUGAAGUUAGAAGCUGA